AUGUCCUCUUCUCGGUUUCACAUCACUACUCCGUACGACCCGUGUCGCACAACCCGAUGCAAUAAGCUUACCUUGAGCUCAAGCAGCCAUAUGCAGCGAGGUUCAGAAGACCCUCAGUUCUGGACACGAUCGGCCGAAGCCCAUCUCAGCGCAUUGCCCGAUUCCCUCUCCGUCGAGCAGCUUCAGCAUGAGCUCGAAGACUGCAAGAUGGCACUGGAACAUUCCGUGACCGAACUUCGGCGUCGCAUUCGGCGCAAGAACGGUCGUGUCGGUGGUCUUCCGGUCGAGGUCCUCGCCCUCAUAUUCUCGUGGCUCUCCGUCAUGGAUCCGAUCGGCGAGGUCGACGUGGACGCGUUGUUCGAUUCUUCCUCUGAUGGCGAAGAGUCAGACUCUGAUUCACAGGAGGAAGAUGAUGGGUAUAUUGAGACCCAAGAACAAGAGGAAGAGGACGAAGGCGACACUGAAAGCGCAUGGUCUCGCGCCUCCUCCCAAUUAUCCGAGGACCCUGCUCUCGAGGCGUACAGAUACAGCUUAGGAUGGGUACUGGUCACCCACGUUUGCCAUCACUGGCGAGAGGUCGCACUGUCCGAUCCUGUGUUAUGGUCCAAUAUCCCCAUGCACAUACCUCUCCCUUGGAUCUCUACCCUUAUUGCUCGCAGUGGGACGGCCCCCCUCAACAUCGAGUUCACUGGAGAGGACAAAGACGAUACCAUCCUCUCACCUGAUUCUUUAGGUCUGCCGUGGCUUGAAAGAGCUCGCAGCAUCGUAUAUCAGCAUUAUUGGAGGAAUGAACUCCCGUACUUUCUCAACUCUUUUGAGGCACCCAUCCUCGAGAGUCUGGACACUACAAGCAUCUUUGCUGCUUCUAUUCUUGAAUCAGGCUCCCUUCCGGCGCUCAGAUCACUCGAUGUGUUCAUGCUGGAUCGCCUUCCAAACAGGCUCAGCGGCGGUAUAUCUUCACAACUCACGAGGUUGUGUAUUGGAUCUCCGUUAUACAUCCAAAUACCGCACAGAGGAUUAACCCUACACCCAACCCCCUUCUCAUUCUUUAAGGAAUUCAUGCAGUUCAUCAGUUCUCUGGUGAGAAUAGAGAUAUUGGAAUUACACGGGUGUCUGCCUAGAACCACGCCCGCGCAAUCUGAGGAUGUGGAGAUUGUCUCCUGCCAAAAACUACGUCGCGUCACCUUCACGGGUUUCGCUAUGGACUGCGCCCAGUUCGCCCGCCACCUUGUGACCCCGUCGCAUACGAGCUUCCACAUCGACUGUUUCGAGGAUCAAUGUGAUGGAUAUCGAUCUUUGGCACUGGACAGUCUUGCACCCCGUACCAACUUCAGAACCAUGGCCAUUGCACUCACAUGCCAUAAUCCCGACCUCGCGCAGUGCGUUCUGAACGGAUCAGAUCACGCACAGUCAGCACAGGCCGAGCGUACAACUUCCAACGACCGCGCAUUCGACUCGCACGAUGCGAGCUUCGAUGCCGACUUUACACUCUCGAUCAACCCGCGAGUAGACGGGGUGAGGAAGCCGUGGAUACAGGGCCUUCCUCAAGAGCUAUGCAUGAAUUUCUCGUUACAGAACGUGCAAUCCUUGUCACUCGAUUUCGACGGUGCAUUGAACAUAUGGAGUACGGUCCACACUGAGGCAGAACUAUGGCACCCAUCCGAAGACGACACGCACGUCUGGGACGCCUCGCGCUGGGCCGAUCUCCUUCGUCCGGCCAUGCGGUUACAGCACUUGCGAGUGUUCUGUAGCCCUUCAGAGCGCGUGCCGGAGUGCAGCACCGUGGUCGAUCUUCUGCAGGCGGUUGGCACUUCGGAUGAUCUUAUCCCUAACAUUCAAUUGUUGGAUGUGAUCGACCUGGAUCCAGAUUUCGGCCUUGCAGCCGCAUUCGACGCUCAUAUACCGGAUAGUGCUACCAAGAUGGUUAAGGAUCCCAAUUCACCCGACGCCCAUUACUUCUUGCAUCACUUGCUACUCAGGCGUCCCGCUCUCAACGUCAACCUUAUCAGGCGUCGUCGUCGGAACUACCGGGAGAAGUGGUUGCUGAGGGACUCCGUCGCAACUGGAGAGUUGAAAGGGCGGAUACACUUUGUAAACCAGGCUUUUAUCCCAUGA